UUUAUUAUUUGUUUAAUACUCUAAAUCGUGACUCUGAAAAGUAUGAUAAUUUAGAAGAAAACUGGGACACUCAUAUACAGAUUAAAAAGCAAUGAAGGUAACAAGAAUAUGACAAAAUGGAGACGAAUCAAUAUUAUUGUCGAAGCGGACCACAGCAGAAUCUGACUGCAUCAACAGUUUCUCAACAGCCCGUGAAUAAAAUGUGCUAUGAGAGCAAUGUCGGUCAGGAGUAUAUACCGUGUAGCUCGACUCAUGCAGAAUCGACGGGAUUCACCGGGAGGGAUAUGCCUUCAAAAAAUGGAAGCAACAGUAAAUCGCAGAUAGCAAACAGAAGCUUGGGUAGUCCAUAUACGUUUUCUAACUGCAAUAGCAGUAGUCAAUGUAAUAAUUCGAAUAAUGCAGGAAACUAUAUAAAUGUAAUGACUGUGCCAAUGGGCACUUUGCAGUAUAAUCGAAAGAAGUCAGUAUCCCAGGAUUAUCAUUCUCGCCUCUACUACAAUACCACGGAUGUUAAGUGUCGUGAAGACUACUAUCUGGGGAAUAAUGUAAAAUGUAGUAACGAAACUCCGUCUCAGCAGCCAAUGCCACAGUUAACACCAAAUCAUCAACACGCUCAGCAUCAAUUGCACAUCAAUCAAAAUACUCACAGCCAUCAGCUACAGAGUAAUCAGCAAACCACUGCAUGCAGCCCGAGCUCAGGGAUUGAAGCGAUUGAUGAUGGCAUUGACUGUGCACUAUACUCAAAUACAACUGGAAAUGGCCGCGUUGUAGCCGCUACUCAAACACAUAUGAAUAAUGCUAAUGUGGCGUCAUGUGAACAAAUGAGCUCUCAUACACCAGUGUCAUUGGUUCCCGUCAAUGUGUCUGUACCGCCUGUAAUGUAUACGGUGCAUCGUGUGGUGACAACAGCUCAAAUUCAGACAGCUGCCGGAAGCACAUUUGCUUCCUCUGCGAGCGUGUCUAGCGUUGUCAGUGCGAGUCGAAAUGAGAGUGACUGCAUGGCAUCAGCACAAGUGACUUCAGCUAUGUCCAUGUCGGCCAACGACACUUGUCACAGUGGUCUGCAUAUUUCAGACCUCGGCGGUAAUAUCGUGACUAAUGGCAAUUCAAUUGGACCACCGACUGGAGUGCGAAGCUCAUCCGGUAUUACAAAUUGCUUACCAGCUCAGCAGAAAUACAGCAACAACGAUGGUGCAAAAAAUCCCAUGAUAUCAAAACGAACUGUUGGUGUUAAUUCUUCUUCCGCCUACUCUAGUGCUGGGAAAUCAAAUGCGGCGACUACCCGCGCUCUUCAGAAUGUAAUUCCGACUUGCGUAUACUUGAUGUCACGAGUCGCCGUGCACAUGGAGAUUGAAGGUACUGCCCAGUGUCCCUCUCAAGUAAUGCUAGCAGCUGCACUUGGAUGCGAAGAAUUGGGGAUUUCUAACAAAUUGCUAGCUCAAAGUAUAUUUGGACUAUGGAUGACAAGUAGUCUACUGGAAAUGCAAUUGAAGGCGCAUCAUUGUCCAUAUAUUGUUCGAGUAGCCUGGUCUAGCUUGCUGGAAAAAUUUAGCAAUGGAAAUCCGAUCGAAAGAAAGUAUGAUGAGCCUAUGAUAGUUCUUAAGCGAAAUGUAUUUUUUUCUAAGCGGGAUGAGGAGAAAAUCAAGGAUCAUCGGAUUCUAGAGCUGCUGUAUGAAGAAGCGAAGCAUUGCGUACUAAAUGGAAGAUAUAUUAUGGAGCCGGUGCAUUCGUUAAUGUUAGGUGGUAUACAAGCUAGAAUUGAGCUGGGACCGUAUAACCCCCACACCCACACUGUGGGGUUUUUUAGAGAAAACCAGUCAAGAUUUCUACCAAAACAUGUUGCUAAAAGUUCAAGCUGGUUGUGGUUGCCAAUAAGCCAAAAGAAUUCAGCCGAAAUUAAACUUUUAGAACAAUUCAAGCGGGUGCCACAGACUGCCACAACUCGGAAAUUAAUGCGAAAAUAUUUGGAGUUUUGCUGGGCAUUGCCAUUUUAUGGGGCGGCCUUUUUCCACGGACAAAUAGAACAGCCAGUGAGAGGAAUUAUGUCUUUAGUUAACCAUAAGGAUAUGGAAGUAUUAAUUGCUGUCAAUGAAAGAGGAGUUUUUAUUAUAGACUGCUUCGAGAAUACUCUCUUAUUGGGUCUCCGAUAUGAAGAUUUGUCAUGGGAUUAUGCUAAGCCAAGUGCCAAUGAUGAUCUGGAGUGUCUUACAUGUAUAUUCUUGCAGUUUGACGCUAUUGAAAAUGGAGUACAGAUAUCCAAGCUUGUUCAAGUGUUUUCAAAGCAAGCUGCUAUGAUUGAUGCUCUUAUAUCCCAUUUUACUGGGCAAAUGCGUAAAAGAAAACAAGAAGGAGGUUCGACUGAGCAAUGCCAUGAUGAGCCGAACCCUAUUCAAAGCACGGGCAAUGGAAUAUUGUGUAAUAAGCUGUCUCGAUUGACUUUGGCCACCUUUGAUGAAGAAGGCCGCUGUAUUGGGCAAAUGGGAUCAUUAUCUAUAAGCUAUUAACAUUUGUUGAUAUUUAUAUAAAUUAAAUUAUUAAACUUAAGUGAAUUUUAAAUUCACAUCUACGUCUACAUAUGUAUGAAUAUGAAAUUUAGAAAUAUUUAUGUAUAUAUAUUUUGUAGAUACUUGUAAAUAGAUCAAAGUUUUAAGAUAUAUGAACUGGAGCGUA